ACAAACGAAAAAGACCUUAUUCAAGCGUGGGCUGUGGCUUCACGAAUGCUUUGCACUUGAGAUGUGGCAGUCCGCCAUAGGCUUCAUCGCAGGCUAUGCCUGUAGAGCUCAAUGUGGAUCCUUUCCCUGUGCUGCCAGCUGUAAAGGUAGUGGCGCUGCUCGACCGUUCAAGCUGAGCAUUGUCAUCCAUAGCGCGACGGUGGAGACGAUUGCCGGACCCGGUUUAGUUCAGGAUCAACGCCCCUAUGUGAGCAUCCGCAUCAACGACAAGCUCAAGGAGACGGAGCUCGGGGACUGGAGCAGCGAGAAGGAGCAGUGGUGCUUUAAGGAGGUCAUCACUUUAGAAGUUCAGCCGAACGACGAGAUCUUCGUAGCAUGCUUUCCCGUGUUCUCUGUCAUGCCACGCCUGAAACCAGAGGAUCGUGACGAGGAUGGCAUUGUUUGGUCAUCGCCCAUCAUUCCCUUCGACGUGAGGGAAGAUGGAACGACUACAGCCCGCACGUACCUUUCCUUUGAAACGAUGCAGGCUCCAAUCAGCUCCCGGGGCCGGAGCUCCGCCGAAGGCGGCUGCUGCCAGAUCUCCAAGAAGUGGGAUACCUAUGACGAAGACCGCUACGACAGCUCGCCCAGCACCCGUGAGAGCGAGUAAGGCGACUGUAGGGCGCUGGGGCAGACAGGGACAGCAGAAAGCGCGAGGGCUUUAUGCAUGAUGCAAGC